UCAAAGUUCAGCUGAAAGCGAGGCCAUUCCGUGAGGCACUUGUUUGUUUGGCAACAAACACUCGGGCCAUUUUAGCCCAGAUUUCCACCGUUCUCGGGGUAAUUUCCCUCCUUUUAGAAGUUGAGAGGAGAGAUCAGCAAGCAUGCCACGCACAACUCGCUCGUUACCGCAGUCCCCGUCCACGGAGCCGCGGAGGCGUAGCACUCGGAUCGCUGCCCUGCCUCAGACCUCCCCGGAACCCAAACCCAAGCCAGCACCCAAGAAGACCCCAACCUCGGCCGAGAAACCUGAGCGUAGAGGGCGCCCUGCAGGCUCUGCGAAAAAGACUCCAUCUCCGAAAAAGUCAACUAGGGGUCGUAAGCGCAAGGCACAGCCGGAGCCAGCUGAAGACGAGGAGCCCGAGGCCAAGACAUCCAAGGAUGAGACUGAGGAGGAACCCGCUGAGACAGAACAGGAAGAUGUCAAGGCCGAUGGUGCUGGAGAUGGGGAAAAAGAAGGCGGGGAUGCAACAGAUGCUCAAGAAGGCACAGAUGAGGAGAACAGGAAACCUGAGGUCGCCGAGUCUCAAGACGAGAAGAUGGAGACAAAUCAAGCCAAGGCGCCUGCCCCAGAGGCAAAGUCAGAGGCUCCGCCCAAAGUGAAGCCCACAAUCCCAAUGAUGCAGAACCCGGUGGUUAAGAUCACCGCCUCACAAGUCCCGCAACACAGCACCGUGGCUCAGGAGGUGAAAAAGCCAGCGGCCACACCCGCGGCCCCGCCCACGGCCCCGCCAACGGCCCUGCCCCAGGUCAUCAAGGCAUCACCACCAGCCCCCACUGCAGCCAAGCCCACGGUAACCCAGUCCCCCGCUAAGCAGACAGUUGAAUCGGCCCCCAAGCCAACGGCCGCUCUCGAGACCUCACAGGCCAUUCCUGAGACCUCACAGGCCGCUGGACCACCCGCCCCAUCCCGAACAGAGGUCCAGCCCACAGCUCAGGCCCCUGUGACGGUCUCGACUCCCAUAGUGAUUCCGGUUGCCGACACGAAAUCCCAACAGCAGCAGCCGGAUGUUGUGGUUGUCUCGGCCAAUGUACAGAACGUAACCGCAGCUGUCGCCGAAAAAGCCGCCGCCCCAGAGACCACGCGAAAAGUUGAGGACGUAGCGGUCAAUCUUUCACAGGAUUCCUCCAAGCCGCAGCAAGAAACGGCGGCCCCACAAACUGACGGCGGACAGGGUGCAGUGUCUGGCGCGUCGCCCGGCCACCGCAAGUACCCACCACCGCUGCAAUUCCUCACAAAGCCCGAAAUUAUGAUCACGCCGGCCUCGGACGCCGAGCCGAGCCCGACUCCCGGUACCCCCGGAGGGGCGGAGUCAGAUGAGUCAGAUCAGAAGGUUGCAGAUAAACCUGUUGAGGAACCUUCCAAAGAACAGGAUGUACCAAAUAACGCUACCCCAUCAGAAAACAUUGACAACCUGAAGAAAGACGCCGUGCAGCACGACGGAAUGAACAACGGAGAGAGCGUGGCCCCUGCUGCCGCCGCCGUGGCCGUAUAAAGCCCCGCCCCCACCCGGGUUGGUCUAUAAUUGACUAUGAAUAUGUAGUGAGUUUAUGAAUAUUCAGUGAUUUUUGUGUAAAUUACUAUUAAGAUGCGAAGAAAGAGAUCAUUUAAACCACCACGGUAAUUCAGUGUUUUAAGAAGGAAUGAAUUUUAAUGGAAAUGUGAAUUUAGUGGUUUUUAAAAAAAGGAAAGAUAAAAUUGAGGUUUAGGGUCGGAAGGUGAGCACCAUGCCAUUCGGAUUGUGAUUGUCCGAUAUCUAAAAAAUAAAACUUCUGGACGACAAUCAAAAAGACACAAUCUUGAUUAUGGUUUAAAAUUGGUUUCCAUUAUACCUCAAAAGAAAUGUAUUGUGUUGCAUGUCUGUGCCAAAUUCAAAUUGAUUCUUGAGAAUUCUUAGUGGCAUGGUGUUCUGACGUGGCUUUUGAAGACCUCUGAAAAUAUUUUUAUUCAAUUAUGUAAAGUAGGAGUUUAGCGUUUAGUGUUUGUGUUUUGUUUUUAAUUUCCAAUUGGGUUUGCAAAUAAUCUGUCGUGUCUGCUACAUGUACAAUGUACUCCAUAGUUGUCAUUUGUUUGUCUUAUUUGUGUUUCUUUUCAAAGUGGAGUACCGUAUGUAAUACAUAUAGGAAAAAGUAGCAUUAGAAGAGAAAUAGGAAUGCCCUGAAUUGAGAAUAUUCAGAUCAUCAAAUUACAUUAUGAAGUUUGUUCUUGUCACCUUUUGGGGGGAAAUACAUUUGGCAAUAUUUCUGGACAACCAGAUUCUGGCAAAACUUGAAGCCUCACGAUUUAGGUCACACAAAACUAAAUGUUACAUUUCUUUCAACAACAACUAAACAACAACUUCAACGACUUUAGUCCCUUGACUUUGUUGUAUUGAUAACUCGAAACGUACAUACAUGUAACACGUUUUUUGUUUGUUCAAGAUAGUAAUUUUUAUGAUGCCUUGAAUGGGUAGGGAUUUUACAUACUUGUAUAUAAAGGGCAGCUUCAAGAUGUUCCCUUUUUUAUAGCAACAGUGUGGUAAACCAGAGCAACAGUAUGAUUGAAAAAACAAAACCAGGCAUAUACAUGUGUUUAGCUAGCGCUCUGGCUGUAGAUAAUACGCAUUUUUGGGAGCGUUUGGUCAUGCUUUGAGAUUUAGCUACUGGGUCCUUUUGUUAGUGUCAUUACAUUGUGUUUGUCAUCGUAUAAGGAUAAACUAGGAGGCUACAAGACGAUGGGUCUCGUACCCUGUUUAGCUGAUGUGUUGUGCAACAGGAAUAUAGAAAUUCACCAGUCUGCCAAGUGAUGAUCACCGGCAGGUCUGGUAACCUGUUAGAUACCUUGGUUGUGAUGUGCAAACUAUAGGUUGACCAGACUCAACAUUUACUGUGCUGUCACAAAGUCGAAAAAUAACAAUUAGGACUUAGGUAGCAGAUAAUUAUAGGGGUUAAAAAUCAAAAAAGCGCAAAUUGCCCAAACAAAAAUGUUUAAGUUUAGUUUCAGAUGUGUUUUUACUUUAAUAGGGAUGUUCUUGCAUGUAGAGGGCCUCCUUGCUCCUGCUGGCAGCUUAUUAGUUGAGAAUGGAAGAUCAAAUGAUAACUUUCUUUAAGUUAGGACAAUUAUUAAAUCUACUUUUUCCUAAAACAGUCAUGAUUUUUAUUUCUAGCUGACUUUUUUUAGGGAUCGAAAAAAGUGUUUUAAAGAGCUCAGAUCCGAAUUUUAUUUUUAUGAUUUUUUUUUGGUCGGAUGUUUUACGAAUUUUUGACACGAAUUUAAAAAUUG